CAUUUGUUUAGCUCAAUAUGUCAAAUCACAUUUGAAAAUGUCCAAAAUGGGAAAUUAGUGGGUAGAUAACUUUUGGCAAUUCAGAAUGUUUAUAACGUGCGCUAAAUUUUUUCGUCGUCAAACCAUUCAGUCGCAGUUAUUCAACCGAACUGUAACUGUUUGUAGCCUAAAACCCAUCGACCAAUCUAGGAAUUUGUCUGAUUCGAAAUGUCUUCGGCCCGGAAAAGUUUUAGAGAACAAAAAUUGCCAGAUGGAUGUCGGUUGUAAGGUCGCCAUUGUGAAUGGGGGAGCCUCGGGGAUUGGACUCGCUGCCGCCAGUCAACUACUAUGUGCAGGAGCUCGAAAUGUAGCGAUAACUGGCGAUGACCUAAUUUCUGGGAAGGAGGCCGAAAAGUUUUUGAAUAGUACAUAUGGCAUGGGAAAAGCAAUGUUCAUUAACUGUAACAUUAAUUGCACAGCCCAAUUUGAAGAUGCGUUUCGCAUAGCUCAUACUGUUUACAAACAACUAGACAUAGUAGUGAAUACUGCUGGAGUUUUGGAUGGAUCACACUGGGAACGCGAAAUUGUUACGAAUAUUAUUGGAACAAUACGAGGGACUCUACUGGCGUACCACUACACUGGGAAAGAAGGGUUGGGGAAGGGAGGAGUGGUGAUUAAUAUAGCUGGAAUAAACGGAUUCGACGCCCUGCCUCCAGCCCCAACACUGAGCGCGGCGCAGCACGCCAUUGUAGGCCUGUGCAAAAGUUUCGGAACAGACACGCACACGGCAAAAUCGGGAGUCAGGGUGGUCUGUCUUUGUCCCGGAUUCACUUCGACGAGCUUUACGAAGAACGCUACCGGUAAAGGGAUGACAGAGCUGUUGGGGAGAGAGCUGGAGACGUUCAUCAACAAGGCGAAGAAGCAGGGACCGGAUCCGUGCGGACAUGCAGUUGUUCAUCUAGUGAAGUACGGUGAAAAUGGAUCCGUGUGGGUGUGUGAGGGAGCAAAACUGUAUUCCUUGCAAAUACCGCACAGGAAGGCUUACAGUACGUUGAUUGCGCAAUAUUUGUAAGGAGUCCUUGUUAAUAAAUCCAUCGACUUAGA